GAAACAGGGCACCCGAGACGUAAAUCUUGCAAACAUGGCGACGCUCCGAGGAGGGUACGGAGAUUGGAAAUACGACCGUUUUUAACCCAGACAUUAACCUCCUCUUCGCAUGUUACAAUGUGGUGGGGUUAGCCAGAGCCACCGCGACCACAGUCUUUUGGACAAUGUUCGCAGAGGCCAGUCUGUCCAUCUGGGGAUGGGGGGGUCUUGGAGUCGUGCUGUUCCUUGUCACCUUUGGACCCUUUGCCAUAUUCUACCUGGCCUUUUAUGUCUUCUGCUUCAUUGGAGGGGGUUUUGCGGUGACUCUGCUCUACGGGAAGAUCAACUCAGAGAAACACCUGGAAAAGUGCGAGCAUUCUUACCUGCCGCCCACACAAAUUGGUAUACUGAAGACAUUGGAUGAGAUGAAGCUGGAGAUGAAACCCAUCAAAAUUGACAGGAGACUGACUGGAUCCAGUUUCAUUGAUGAACCACUACAACAGGUGAUCCAGUUUGCUCUGAGAGACUACAUCCAGUACUGGUACUACACUCUGAGCGAGGAUGAUUCCUUCUUAUUGGAGAUCAGACAGACGCUACAGAACGCCCUCGUCCAGUUCUCUACACGGUCCAAAGAGGUGGACUGGCAGCCUUACUUCACCACUCGCCUGGUGGACGACUUUGCCACCCAUUUGCGUGUCUUCAGGAAAGCCCAGGACCGACUCGCUGACAGAGAGGACAAGCAGAGGGACAUAACAGAGGAGCUGGUGGACUCCUUCUUUGAGGCCGAGGUGGAGAUGGAAAGGAAAAUUUGUCGAGACGUCGUAUGCACCUCACACAAAGAUGAAGAAGGUUUUCUUCGGGACUUGUGUGAGUUGCUUCUCUAUCUGUUACUACCUCCUGGAGAUUUCCACAACAAGAACAUGAGAUACUUCCUACGGGAGGUGCUGGCCCGUGGUGUGCUGCUGCCUCUGAUCAACCAGCUCAGUGACCCAGAUUACAUCAACCAGUUUGUCAUCUGGAUGAUCCGGGACUCUAGCUGUAACUAUGAAGCCUUUAUGAACAUCCUGAAGCUCACAGACAAAGCGGCUGAGCUGGAGGCCGUCAAAGACAAGGUGUUGGAGGAGCUGCAGUACCUCCGCUCUCUGGACACUGCCGGAGAUGACAUCAAUGUGAUCAAAAACCAGAUUAACAGUCUUCUGUUUGUGAAGAAGGUGUGUGAGACCAGGAUCCAGAGACUACACUCCGGCAAGGAGGUGGAUGCCUUGAAGCUGGCAGCCAACUUUGGCAAGCUGUGUGUCAUCCCACUGGAUCACAUCCUCAUCCACAACAUCGCCCUGCAGUUCUUCAUGGACUUCAUGCAGCUGGCGGGCGCGCAGGCGGAGCUGUUCUUCUGGCUCACCGUGGAGGGCUACAGGGUGACUGCACAGCAGCAGCUGGAGGCCAUGCAGGCCUGGAAGACGGAUGGCAAGAAGCAGCCCAGCGCCACCAAAGGGCUGCUGAAGGCCGCUGCGCUGGGUGUCUACGAGCAAUACCUCUCGGACAAGGCGUCUCCCAGGGUUCAGGUGGACGAAGCAUCUGUGCUAACGCUAGGGGAGAAGAUACAGAAAGACGACCCCACGCCAGAGAUAUUCGAUGAAAUCCAGAGAAAUGUGUAUGACAUGAUGCUGCGUGAUGAGCGCUACUACCCGUCCUUCAAGCAGAGUCCUCUGUACGUCCGCAUGCUAGCAGAGUUAGACAUGCUGAAAGAGCCAAGCUACCGGGGGUCUGAUGACGGCGAUGGUGAAUCAUUUAAUGGCUCUCCAACAGGAAGCAUAAACCUAUCUUUGGACGACUUGUCCAACUCCUUUCACGAUGAAACUAUACACCUUCAUGCCUUCAUCUCCGACACAGCUGACGCUUCUCUCCCCGGCUUCUGGGGUGCUGCAGGGGUGUGCAACGACCACGGUAAGACCUACGCGCUGUACGCGAUCACCGUGUUCCGACGCAGCCACGACGGCAGUGAGGACUGCUGGAAGACCUAUCGCCGCUACUCUGACUUUCACGACUUCCACAUGAGGAUCACUGAACAGUUUGAGAACCUGGCGUUGAUCCUCAAGCUGCCGGGAAAGAAGACAUUCAACAACAUGGACAGGGACUUCUUGGAGAAGAGAAAAAAAGACCUAAAUGCGUACCUACAGUUGCUGCUGAACCCAGAGAUGGUGAAGGGCUGUCCAACGCUGAUUCCCUAUGUGUAUGACUUCCUAGAGAACAAGGCCUACAGCAAGGGCAAGGGAGAUUUUGCACGCAAGAUAGACACAUUAGUAAAUCCUCUGAGGAGCUCCAUGAGAAAUGUGUCCAACGCGGUAAAGGGCCUCCCAGACAGUCUGGCUGAAGGCAUGACCAAGGUCUCUGAUAAUAUGGGCCGCAUGUCAGAAAGGCUGGGUCAGGACAUUAAACAGUCCAUACUGAAGGUGCCUCCCCUCCUCCCAAAGUCUGAAAUCGACCCUGAACACUGUCGGGUUUCCGCGCAGCUCGAUGACAACGUGGACGAUAACAUCCCGCUGAGGGUAAUGCUGCUGCUGAUGGACGAAGUGUUUGACCUCAAGGAGAAAAACCAGUGGCUGCGCAGGAACAUCAAGAACCUGCUACAGCAGCUCAUCCGGGCCACGUAUGGAGACACCAUCAACCGGAAAAUAGUGGACCACGUGGACUACUUGACGUCCCCUGAGCAGGUUGCAGACUACGUCAAGAAGUUCAGGGAUUCCUACUGGCCCAACGGUAUCCUGGCUGAGACGCUACCCCGCCGGGACAAGAGCAUCCGAAUGAGGACACGAAUAGCUGCCAAGACCAGUCUGCUGGGCAUUAUGCCAGACGAGCUGAAGCACAUCAUCGGAGCGGACACCACGAGGAAAGGCAUACUCCGCGUCUUCGACAUGUUUCAGUACCAACCCAUGAACCGUCGGCUGGUCUACGUUUUCCUGGAGGGCUUCUUGGAGACAAUGUUCCCCCAGUACAAAUUUCCCGAGCUCUUUGUCAAGCUGCACUCCCGCUCGCCACGAAUCCACAGAUACGGCCAAAAACUCAAAUCCUCCUCCCUCAAGAGGUGACAGGAGAGGACAGAGACACAGACUUGAGAGUGGGGGUGGGAGGGGCUUGAUGUGAACGUUGAGGUGUGCGAUUUCUGCCCGUCCACUUCCCUCACACAUUCUUUUCAGUGAAAAACACUCCAAUUAUCCAGCUGAUUAUUUCUGUCAAGACAGAAGUGAAGGAUGACCAACACACUAACGUGCGCAAACACAAAUCCUGUAAUUUGCACCGAGACGGGAGUCUUUUCAAUAUUUUCCUCCUCCUUUUUGGACUUCUUUUUUUUUUUUAGUUGUGUUUAGCUUUAUCCUGGGCCGGUCAAUGCUGCUUUCUCCUGGUCCAGAGAGCGGCCCACAAAACCUAUUGUUUUUAAACUGCAGGAGUAGAUAGCAUAGCACACACCUUGCCUUACCUUCCCGCUUCUGUCUUUUGGGCCGAAUCACUCAUCUCUGUGACCGGGCUCCUCGGCUCUAGUCACACCUUCCCUCUCGCUGUAGACACUUUAUCUACAAAGGCUGCACACUUUUUUUUGUUCAUAGCAACCAAAUACGUCAAUGGGGUUAAAAAGGCGCCGAUUUUAAAAUGUGACUGAACAAAUAUGGGUUGAAAGAGCUGAUUUCGAUUUUCAUUGUCUGCAUCUUUUCCAGCCUCAAUGACUCUUGAGAAGGAAGGUUUAUUUUUGGGGGCACCGGGGUUUUCACCAAAGUGUGACAUCUAAUGUACCACCCAUGAUUCUCAAAGAAUAGAACCACAUCCCCUUUAACGCAAGGGUCAGAACCUGUGUGUGUGUGUGUGUGUGUGUGCGUGCACGUAUUUGUUUUGGUGUUCAGGAUGUCCUUAAUCGGAUGAGGAAAGAACGCAAAGUUUAACUUUUUAACAACAUAAACGCUGUGAGGACACAGCUGUGGGAGCCUCGGCUCCGGCCGUCCAAGCGAACCAUCAAAGAAUGUACCUUCUGGUCGAGUGUAUUUGGCUCAUGUAGAAUUGUGUGUAAGAAGAGAGAAUGGUUGUGCUGGUCUGAAGAUUCAGUCUUCAGUCAGAAACGGUGUGAGCUAGUGAACCAGCCUUAAAACGAUAUACUGACCAAGAGGCGCACACUAGAGGUAGCUCCCCUUCACCUGACUGAACAAGGAAAUCAAGAUACCGAUAAACCCAGCAAAUGUCUUUCAUUUUGUGCAAUAUAUUUUUUCCCUUGAAUGCAUGUGCAUUUUGAAUCAUUGUAUACUUAAAAAAAAAAAAAAAAAGAAGUAAUUUUUCUCAUCCCAACAACUUAACAUUCCGUUGUUGUAAAAGUACUAUGUUUAUUUUACAGACUUGUUUUAUAAGUCUGCGUUUCUUUUGAUUUUGGGGGGUAUUUUACCCUCAUCUCUGGCCCACUUGUACAGAAUCUUCUGUUUUGGGCCUCAAUCGGGCGGGUUUCUGUGUAGCAGCCUGAUGAUUAGCUCAAUGGGCUAUAGUUAGUUCAGGGGCGCCUACCGGCUUCUUUUUAAACUCGUACGUGCAUUCUGGCCCGUUCUGUUGAGUGGGAACAGAUCUUUGUGGUUAUUAACUGACAGCUGGAGGGACCCGUGCCCUGUAAUGAGCACUUACCGUAGCAACCGUGUGUGGGACGGAGCCCCCGCUCUGCUGCAGGCGCUGGAUAGAACUCCUUCGCCUGCUCUGGUUUGCUUACAUUGAGCAGCCCUGGAGGAUUCUGAUUGGCCGAGGAGGACAUGAACUGGAGCAUCACUUACUGGGAGGGGAAUGUUGUGUUCCCACGCGGGAGGAGGUGUCACUUCUAACUUUCUGCACAUCGCUCCAUACAGGAAAGCUUGUCUUUUUAACCCCAGUAUUUAUGAAUCUAUGAUUAUGAAAAAUUGUGCAUAUCUGUGUACAGUCUGUGUUAAUAGUGUGCCUAAAUGUACCGUGAACUCUAUUUUCAUAUUUUUCGUUAACCUAAAAAAAAAAAAAGAAUCAGAAUGUCAUGAUCAUUAAUGCGACUGAAAAUGGCUUUAGGGUGUUCUUUUGCAUCGUGCUUAUCAAACUCUUCCUUGUGAGCUAUUGUGCUCGUCGCAGUACAACACUAAUAAAAGGUAACUCAAACUAAAGGA